AGCGUUUAAAGCGGAUUCAAAUAAGUGUCGCACACUGUUGUUUUGUGCUUUCCGGAAGUUAGCUAGUUUUGCUACUUACAAACUGAGCGGUUUAAAACGAAUUUAGCGUUCAGACAAACAAGCAGGAAAAGAGAAGAAGAUGAAGCCUGCAGUGGACGAGAUGUUUCCAGAAGGAGCGGGACCUUACGUGGAUCUGGACGAGGCAGGGGGCAGCAGCGGCCUGCUGAUGGACCUAGCAGCCAACGAGAAAGCCGUUCAUUCAGAUUUCUUUAAUGACUUUGAGGAUCUGUUCGACGACGAUGACCUGCAGUGAUCACAGAUGAAGAAAACAACCUUUAAUUUCUCUUUUUAUCUGUACAGACUCAUUGGUGAUUAAGUAUGCUAUUAAAAUAAAUAAAGUCUUUAUGUUUCCACUGGAAACUGAGUGAA